GGACAAACAACUUGGUGGCAGCUCCAGCUGCUGUGAGUCCAGCAGCUCCCUGUGGCACUGGCAUUGCCCUGCAGGGGCCACACGUGUGGCCUUUCCCAGGCCUGUCGGGCUGUGCCACGUUUGCUUUUGCUUGGCUUUAUAAAGAGGAGGUGCAGGAGCUUCCUCUGCUCCUUCCCGGACUCUGGCCCCAGCACAGCCUUUGCUAUGGAUGGCUUGAAUGUCUCCAUUGCUUUUUUCUUCCUGGUUUUUGGGCUGUGCCAGGUGCUCAGGUGGCUUUCCAAGAGGCUUCUGUCCCCUGGGACGCAUGGCUGCCUUGCCAGGGAAUUUGCUGGCUCCUUCCAGCUGUGCACAAGCUGCCUGGAGCUGAGGAUGCUGAUGGACAUCGGCCCCUGGGGUGGUGGCUUUGGCCUGGACGUGCUCCUGACCCUCCUCUUCCUCCUCUCCGCUGUCCAUGGUGCCUCUUUGGACGGAGCAUCCGCCAACCCGACCGUGUCCCUGCAGGAGUUCCUGCUCCUGGAGUCCAGCCUGGCAGCCACGGCGGCCAAGCUGCUGGCCCAGGGUGGGGGUGCAGGGACGGGCUGGGCUCUCACCCGGCUCUACUGGUCCUGGGAGCUGAGCCAGCUGCACUUCAUCCAGAGCCUGAUCGCGCCUGAGUGCAGCUCCUCCAUCCGCGCCUCCCUGCCCCACGCUGCCUUCGUGGAGGGCUCCUGCUCCUUCCUGUUCCACCUUGUCCUCCUCAAGGUGCGACAGAGUCACCCCCUGUACCGGGUCCCUGCGCUGGCAGCCACUGUCACCUUUCUGACCUAUGCAGCCGGACCGUACACGGGGGCCUUCUUCAACCCUGCCCUGGCCACAGCCACCACCUUCCACUGCUCGGGGAGCAGCUUCUGGGACUACAUCCAGGUGUACUGGCUGGGGCCCCUCGCAGGGAUGCUCGCUGCCCUCCUGCUGUUCCAGGGCAACAUCCCACGCCUCUUCCAGAAAAACCUCCUCUACAGCCAGAAGAGCAAGUACAAGGUGCCCAAGGGAAAGGUGACAGCGCAGGUGGAGGGUGACAAACCACAGAAGAAGAAGAAAGGAGGGAAGAGCAAGUCGGAGCCCCGUGCCUGAGCCCAGGGGUCCUGGCAGCCCUUUUCCCGGGAAAGGGUUUCCCGGUGUGCAGGAUUUUGCAGCUCGUUCAGUCCUUAAAGCAUCACAAAGGAAUCCUCGGGGAUGCCCGAGCCCCUGAGCUCCUUUGGGAAUUGCUUCAAAAGCCUCCCUGGAGAGUUCGAACUGUUUCAAGCCCACACUGCUGCCUCAGAGAGAAAACACGGAACACUUUUGCAUAAAUUGCUGGUUGUCUUGUACUGCCAGGAAUUACAGAGAGCUGGGACCGUUCCACGGGCAGGCUUGAGCAACCCGGGGUUAUUGCAUCGUGCAAUGCCUGCAAUAACCUCACUGGGUCUCUUGCAGCCCUAAAAACCAAGGAUAAGCCAGUAACUGCCUUGGGCACGGCAUGGGGAGGAAGCAGGCUUUGAUCUUUUCAGUUACUAAUGGAAACUUGUUAAAAAUUGGUGGGGUUUGAGUUAAACUUGGCCUGAAGUCCUUGAAAUGCACAGGCUGAACCUGGCAAGUCUUGGAGAGGAAUUAAAAGUGCUCCAAGGCAAGAGAAUUCACUGGCCACGGGAGAAGCUGCUUCUCUGGGGAUGUGCUUAGCCUGGGUUUGGGUGCUGUAAAGCAUCAAGAGAUGGUGUACAAGGGGUCUGUGGUUGGAAAAAAAGGAAAAAAGAAAAAGAGACCCAGGCAGCUGCUGGGCAUCCCUGGGCUCUGCUCCAUGACUACGUGAAAUACUAUAAAAUUACAGUUUGUGGGGAAAAUUAAAAAAAAAAAAAAAAAAAAGCCGUGGUUGGCAUUUGGGUGA